UGUGCAGAUCCCAACCGCUAAAUCCCGAUCGUACGGCCGACUAAGCAAGGGGAUUUGGGAUAGCGAUUGGUCUCGAACGGGUCGCUGAUCAGGUUUCCUACAUGUGAGCGCUCGUCCUAAUCCCCCAGUCAGACACACACACGCGCGAGUGGGAGCUCUCCGCUGCUCCCGUCUCUCGAAAAGCAAAACCCUAACCCUCGCCGGCCGCCGCCCGCAGCCAUGGACAGCGACAGCGAAGAAGGCGACUUCUCCACGUACGCGCAAGUGGAACGGGCCUUCAACUCCAUGGAGGGCCCGUCCGCGCAGGAGCGCAUCGACUGCAUCGUCCCCUUCCUCGUGUCCCUCCUGCCCGCGCCCUACGUCCCGGCCCUCGAGGUCGAGCCCGACUCCGACGAUGACCGCUUCUCGCUCACCUCCUCCGACUCCGAGUCCGGGGCGUCCGACGACCACGACGCGCUCGCGUUCGCGGCCGUGCCGGGCGAUGGCGAGGACCGCAUCAGCCGCCUCCCGGACACGCUCCUGGCCGACAUCAUCCACCGCCUCCCCACCAAGGACGCCGGGCGCACCGCCACGCUCUCCACGCACUGGCGCCGCAUGUGGGCCGGGACCCCGCUCCUUGUCGACGACGCGCACCUCCUCGGCGCCGGAGGGACCAACGACGUCCCCGUCGUGCGCGCGCUCGCGCGCUGCGUGGCCGCGCACCCGGGCCCCGUCCGCGGCGCGCGCGUCACCCGCGUCUCCUUCCACGCUCACGAGUACGCGCUCCGGCGCUUGGUCGCGGACCUCGCCGACAAGGACGUCCGGGACCUCAUCCUCGUCAACCGCCCGUGGCCGCUCGACAUGCCGCUCCCCGACGACAUCCUCCGCUGCGCCUCCCUCGAACGCCUCUACCUCGGCGUAUGGAAAUUCCCCAAGACGACAGCCGCGCACCCGCCUGUGUUCCCCGACCUCCGUGAGCUCGGACUCUUCCACAGCCUCGUCCGCAACGAAGAACUCGACUCCCUGCUCGCGCACUGCCCCAAGCUGGAGGUCCUCUCUCUCGUCAUGUCGUACCACGAGCCGUUGCGUCUCCACCUAACCUCCAACAGCCUCAAGAUCGCGGUGGAAUGGAUGUCGUCCUUCGACGAGGUCGUUGUUGAAGACGCCCCAAGCCUCGAGCGGCUGCUCUUCCAGAGCAUCUUGGGGAGGAAGCCCGUCAAGAUUUUUCGUGCGCCGAGGCUGGAGGUGCUUGGGGUCCUCGACCUCGACCUCCACAAGCUUGAGAUCGGUGGCACUGUCAUCAAGGCUGGGUUGAAAGUGAGUGCUAGCAACAUGGUACCAAGCUUAAAGAUACUAGCCGUGAAGGUUCAGUUUGAAUGCAACAGGGAGGCCAAGAUGUUGUCUACUUUGCUGAAAUGCUUUCCUUGCUUGGAGACGCUUCACAUAAUGCCCACUCCAUCUGAGACACCAGACAGCAUACAUGAACAUGACUUGAGGUUCUGGGAGCACUUGGGUCCUUGUGAAUGCCUUGAGUCGCACCUGAAGACUGUUAUGCUCCAUGGGUCCUUGGUGGAAGGUCAUGGGGCUGGUUUUGUCAGGUAUGUCAUGAGGGAGGGCAAGACACUCAAGACUAUCGCCAUUGUUUGCAGUGAUGAGGAGGCGAGCGGCUGUAGAGAGUCAGCUGUUGGCCGAAGCGGUGAAAUUACUCUUUGUAUUGCCACCCCACGCUGGUGUUUCCAAGCUGCCAUUGAUUUGUCACUGGACGAUCCCUUUGGUUCGGUGAGGCCUCAGGCAUGAGGAUGCUGGUACUAGUAUAUCAUUGUCACGCGUUUUGGAGGUGCGGUUUGCUGUGUUGUACUAGGUCUUGAUCAGGAAUUAUGUUUCGUAGUGAUAAAAGCAUGCGAAGAAACUUGCUUAUGAAUGCCUUUUGGAUUAUGUGGUGAUAAAAGCAUGGUAAGGAACUUGCACAUGAAGGUCUGGAAACUAGUUUAAGUGUCUGAUUUGGUUGCUUGGAGAGGGAUAGAUUGUGGGUUAUGGAUGUAUUUUUUUCCCCUGCAUGUUAAGUUGGCCGUCAUUUGUCUGUUAUGGCUUAUGUGUCUGUAAUAUCUGGAACUAAUACCUAUCAUGGGUCUGUUAAGUUGUUAUGGGUCUAUAAUAUCUGGAACUAAUACCUGUCAUGGGUCUGUUAAUUAAGUUGGCCGUCUAUUUGUCUG